AUGGAAACUACCAACCUCCCUUCCCACAUAGCUAUUUUUCCAAGUCCAGGGAUGGGACAUCUCAUCCCUCUUCUGGAGCUUGCAAAGCUACUUGCUCUCCAUCACAACUUCCACAUCACCUGUAUCAUUUCCGUACUUGGGUCUCCAUCCAAAGCCAUGAAAGAGGUCCUCCAAGCCUUGCCCACCAGCAUAGACCAUGUCUUUCUUCCUCCAGUGAGCCCUGAGGACCUCGAAGGCUUACUACCUGAAGUCCAAACUAUUCUCACCUUGACCCGGUCACUGCCACCUCUUCGUGAUGUGUUAAAGUCUACUCGGUUUGCUGCUUUUAUCGUUGACACUUUUGGCAUGGAUGCACUAGAUGUUGCUAAGGAAUUCAACAUCUCACCCUACAUCUUCUUCUUGUCAAAUGCUUUUGCGUUGUCGUUGGUUUUGCAUUUGCCAAAGCUAGAUGAGACAAUUUCAGGCGAGUAUAGAGACCAAGCAGAACCAUUGAAACUUCCAGGGUGCGUACCUAUUCACGGUAGAGAUCUUGCAGAACCGGUUCAAGAUCGAACAAGUGACUGGUAUAAAAUGUUUCUUCGCAGCACAAAACGGAUGCGAUUAGCCGAGGGUAUUAUGUUUAAUACUUUCAUGGAAUUGGAAGAAAAUGCAAUAAAAGCACUGUUAGAUGAAGAAGCUAAAAGUCUCCCACUUUAUCCAAUUGGACCCAUCAUUCAAACUGGUUCUAGCAUUCAAGUUAAAGGGCCAGACUGCUUAAGAUGGUUGGACAAUCAGCCACAUGGCUCUGUCCUAUUUGUUUGUUUUGGGAGUGGUGGGACCCUCUCAUAUGAACAAACCAAUGAGCUAGCCUUUGGAUUGGAAUUGAGUGAGCAAAAAUUCUUAUGGGUUGUAAGAACUCCAAAUAAUGAAUCCGCUGAUGCUGCAUACCAUAGUGACCAAACCCUUGAAAACAACCCACUUACUUCCUUACCAAAAGGGUUUGUAGAGAGAACCAAAGGCCAGGGUCUAGUGGUUCCCUCAUGGGCACCACAAAUCCAAGUCCUUAGCCACAGUUCCACAGGUGGGUUCUUAAGUCACUGUGGUUGGAAUUCGACCCUAGAAAGUAUCUUGCAGGGCAUACCAUUAAUUGCAUGGCCACUUUUCGCAGAGCAAAGAAUGAAUGCAGUGCUACUAGCUGAGGAUCUAAAAGUGGCACUUAGACCAAAAGCUAAUGAGAAAGGCCUAGUGGACCGAGUGGAAAUUGCGAAAGUUGUAAAGGGUCUCAUGGUUGGAGAAGAGGGGAAGAAAGUUCAUAGCCGUAUGAAAGAUCUAAAGGAUGCUGCUGAGAAAGCGCUAAGUGCAGAUGGGUCUUCGACAAAGGCACUCACUGAUUUAGCAUCACAUUGGACAAAUCAAGCUCGCUUUUAG